GUAAAGCGGGGCGGUCUCUAGUCAUGAAGGGUCAGGAAACGUUGGUCGACAGUCUCACAUCAAAAUGGCCGCAUUUUAGUCUACAGACUACUUUUCUUUGUUGUUUGCCAAUAGCUGUGCAAAGGGCCUGGGAGUGUUCGCUAAAGUAACACGGUCUGUUUCGACCUAUAUUUCAUUGUUAAUCCAAGCGAAAUCAUUUUCGUGAAAUAGAAUAAAUAUUUGAUUUUUACAAGAUGUUACGCCAUCAACACCAUUCAAUGCAAAAUCAACUUAGAGAUCACAAUAGAAUGGGAGGACCAAUGCGCCCCAUGCAGCAGGCAAGUAUGGCCCCUUUACAUCAGCCUCAGCAUCCAAUACCGCAUCGGAAUCCACAUCAACAAAUACUGCCCAUGCCCCCCCAUCAACAACAUUUACAUCACAUGCAACACCAUGGACCACCACAUGGAAAUCCACGACAACCAAUGUUGAUGAGUAUGAAUGCACAUAAUUCCAAUGUCUUUUAUCCAGGUACUAUGGUCAGUGUUAGUUUAAAGGAUCAGACAAACACAGUCUCCGUGACCCUUCAAAACCCAAAUAUUCAACCGACGCAAUUUCAGCAACAACAGAAUAAUCAACAGAAUCAAGUACAACAACAUGUCCAACAGCAACAACAGCAACAACAUCAACAACAUCAGCAACAUCAACAGCAGCAGCAGCAGCAGCAGCAGCAACAAAUCAUGGAACAACCUAAAGCACCUACGAACAAGGGUAACGGAGAAACCAGGGAUCAUAGUCCAUCGCAGCAAAAUCAUGCCAAUGUGAACAAUCCAGCUUUGGCAAACAUGAAAGAAAAAACACCAAUGUGCUUGCUAAAUGAGUUAGCACGAUUUAAUAAAAUUCAACAUCAAUAUAGACUGACCAAUGAAGAAGGACCGGCGCACAAAAAAAGAUUUACCGUAACGUUAAAACUUGGGGAAGAGGAAUACGUGGCGGAUGGACCUAGCAUAAAGAAGGCUCAACACAGUGCGGCCGCUGAAGCAUUAAGAAAGACUUGGUAUAGACAGCCUCCACCAAAACCUACGAAAGCGAUGAGAGUCGGUUAUUCGGGGAAAUGUCCACCUGGUUCAGGUAGAAACGUACCGGCAACGGUAGAAUUAAAUGCGUUGGCAAUGAAGAGAGGAGAACCUACAGUCUACACCUUUAGACAAGCUCCUCCGGCAGGUCUACAGCCAGUAGUCACAUAUGGAUUCACCAACUAUCCGCGAAUAUUACAUUCCAGUUUGCCUCCUAAUCAUGGGUACCAUACAGAGACUCCAGCAAUGUAUAUCGUUACUUUAAAGGUUGGCGAGCGAGAGUUCACUGGCCGAGGUGUGACAGGACAAUUAGCACGACAUGACGCGGCGAAAAGAGCAUUAGAACAAUUACGUCAGUUACCAUUACCAGAAGAGGUAUCGAGUAAUUGUACAAAUGGAAAUGGAAUAUUAACUGGAAUCGAUGAUCCAAAUGCCGAUUUGAAAAGUCCGGUAUCGUUGGUCCAUGAGACAGCAUUGAAACGUGGUCUGCCUGUUAGUUUCGAAGUUAUAUCCGAAAGUGGUAAACCUCAUAUUCGUGUAUUCGUGACGAAGUGUACUGUGGAGGAUAAGUCUACCGUUGGAGAAGGAUCUUCGAAAAAAGUUUCAAAAAAACGUGCAGCGGAAUUAAUGUUAGAAGAAUUAAAGCGUCUUCCACCGUUACUCGUGAACGUUCAAAAUCGGUUGUCAAAUGUGAAACGUAAGCCUCCCGCAACGAAGAAAAAAUCAAGAAAUUUGAUAAAGGUUUAUCAAGAUCCACGUGCCGAAUCCGAUGCUGUAGAUGAACUUAAUCCAGUCUCACGGCUUGUUCAAAUUCAACAAGCGAAACGCGAAAGAGAACCCGUUUAUAAUCUUAUAGAGGAAAAGGGCGCCCCACGACGUAGAGAAUUUAUAAUAGAAGUAACGACAGGACAACACUCUGCUUGCGGAUACGGCCCUAAUAAGAAAUUAGCUAAAAGAGCCGCAGCCGAGGCUCUUUUAGCAAAAUUAGGAUACAGCAAACCGCAACCACAACCAACCAAACCAUCCAUAAAAACUGGAGAGUCCGAAAAUACCGAGACCAAACCGAGAAAGGUCACUUUUCUCGAAGAUGAUCAAGUGAACGAAACUCAGAGUCAUCCUGUAGGAGGUACUAUCGGACGUCAACUGGUACCUGGCUUGCUACUGGUGGAUGGUGGUCAAGAAUCUAAAGUAGGGAAUGGACCUAGCGUUCAAGUGAUCGCCGAAGAGUUACGUGGACAACAACAAAAUUCCGGAGUAUCUCCGAAAGAUCAGUUAAAAUAUUUAGCGCAAUUAUUUAAUUUCAAUGUUGAAUUUAGUGACUUCCCCAAGGUAACGAAACAAGGUGCAUCGAUACACAAGGAAUAUCUAUCGCUUGUAACACUGAGCACAGAUCCACCGCAAGUAUGUCAUGGUAAUGGCCCAACAGCGAACGCGAGUCGUAAUCAAGCAGCACUAACAGCUUUACGCACGUUAAGUAAGUUAGGGCUUGAUAAUGCUUCUAACUCACAACCCAAAAAGGACAAAGGUGCGUCUGGAGAUGGGAUACACAUUAGCAUUCAGGUCAAAAAUAAUAUUAUGGAUGGAAAUAUCGAUAAGUAAUUAUCUGGAAUUAAAGAAUUAAAUAUGUAGGAUUGAUAAUUUAUAUUAUUGCCUUGAGGCACUGUAAAAGAAAACUGAUGUUGUAACUUUUUAACACGUGAUUCAUGAGCGAGACGAGAUACAUUGUAAAAAAAGUUCAUACUAUCUAUCAUAUUAUAUUUCGUUCUUGAACGAAUACGCGCAUGAGUAUUAUAAAUUUACGCAAAACGCAGUGUCAAAAUAAUAACGAUUAUAUGUCGAAUUAUCGUUUGGUUACACGAUCAUUGUGUUUGGUAAAUUCGUAAGUGUGAUCAGUUGUUUGUCAAUUUCCUGAUAACUUUAUAUUCUCAUCGUUCUCGUUUUUUACUUUCUUCGUUACCGGAAUAAAUUUAACGGUGUUUUGUUAUUCGCCACAAAAAUACUCAUUUCAAGAAGUCUUCGAGGAAACAAAAGUUUCCUCGAAAAUUUUUGUCUGCAACCAUCUCGAUCAUAAUUGUAUGAUAUAAACGUCGUAUAUAUUAUUCUUAUAGACAUCGGAUAUUCGCGUCUUGCUCCUAGCAAACAUCAACGAUUGCCAUACAGUUCUAGCGUUUUUUGUAAGAGAGUACAGUUUAUAUCUUUUACAGUGCCUUAUAUGCAUAAAGAUGUGUUCAAGCACCAGUAAUAUAAUAUAUUAUUUACUAAAUAGAAAUCGCAUAAGGAAGAAUGUUUCUUUGAGUAAGCUAGUAGAUCUGAUAAGUUUUGUCAUUGUGUAUUUUUUCAAAGGUAAAAUUCACAAGUACCCACUUAUCUUACGUUGAACUUGAAGAUGUAUUACACGCAAAAUUUCAAUGAUGACCGUAUUAUUUGUGAAUCUCCUCUAUAUAUUGUUAGGGAUGUUGUAUGAGAGGUCAUAUAUGAUUCUUCGAUAUUUGUAAGAUUCUUUGAAUCACAUAGAAAGAUUUUUAAUUUUGGAAAAUGUUCAAUUUAAUAAUUUCAAACAAAUACAUACUGUUAGAAAGUGAAUCAUUUAUAUUAGGUAGACUUUUUUUCAAGUUUAAACAUUUAGUACAAUGAAUCGAAUAAUAUUUAUUGGUGCUUGAUCAAGAUUCUGGUUCUAACAACAAAUUCUAAUAUAUCGCAUGAAUUUGAUUGAUAGAACCACGAUCCAAUAAUAAAAUAUUUACUCCAUGUAAUUAAAAUGGUCAUACUCCAGAUAUGUAGCCAAAAAUAAUUAAGAAGGUUCAUAUGAUACUUAUCUUGCUAUCAAUCUUACAUUCUUGCUACAUAAUUCUGUGAAAUAUUUAGAAAUAUUGAUAAAGUCAUUAAAUUUUCGGAUUGACUUUAUAUUAACAUACUAAAAAGUGUACAUUUUAUUUUAUUUAGUUAGUUCUUUGAUGUUCGUUUUAGUGCAUCAAAUAAUUCAUGAGAAUAUUUUUUGUUUGGAUAUUAAUUAUUUGUAUAGCAAGUGUUCUUUGUGUGUUAGAGGUAUGAUAAUAUUAUCCUUUUUAUGCGAUAAAAAGGUAUGGUAAGAUAUUAUUUAUAGUCAGUCCUUAAAUUUAAUGCUUUCUCCUUUUUCUUUUUUUUUUUUUUUGGUUUCUUUUUGUGGUAUUUUUCUUUUUUCUUCCAAUUUUUUUCUUUGUCCAAAAAUAAAGAUAUAUAUAUCAUAUAUACGUAUGUAUGUAUAUAUAUAUGUAUAUGUAUAUAUAUAUAUAUAAUAUAAUAUAAUAUAUAAUACACACACACCACGCGCGCGCGCGCGACUUUUGUCAAAGUAACGAAGGAAUGGAAGAUUCCAGUACAUAUGAACUUUUUACUUCCGUAUGAUGAAGGGAAACCCCUUUUCAUUCUGAUAUAUAAUUAUCAAAUACUUUGUAUUUGGUUUAUGAUCAUAAAAAAAUUGUAGAAAUAAUAAAUUGAAAUUCAUAAAUUCUGAGAUGAAAUGCGGCCAUGCUCUAGGUCAAUAUGCAGAUCUGGAAGAAAUAGGUGAUUCAUGGGUUUGCUUAGACGAAGCAUAGAACAUGAAGGGUAACCCAUGGAUCAACUGUCACUCGAUUAUGCAUACUAACCUUACAAUUUCAAAUGAUUCCUUAGCUUUCUCAUUAUCAUGAAUGGAAAAAUGUCUUAUUACCUCAUGAUAUUAUUUAAUUUAUUUAUAGAGAACAAUCGAAGUGCGUUCAUUUCCAUGAAACAAAUAAUAAAACUUUUAAAAGAACUGAAGUAAAAAAUGUCUGUAUGAUUUGAGUCAUAUAUUAAAAUGUUAUUGUGUUCGUGGUCAAAAUAUACAAAGUUAAAAAUAGGUAAAGUGAUAAACAUUUUUCUCGUGCCCCAAUUUGCUUUUUUAUGGGGCCUAGAAGCAUACUGGGGUCAUUCAUGUUAUAAAAAAUAUUGAGAAGUGAAGGGAAUUGAAAUUUCCGUGCAUCUAUCACUUGAACAAAAAAAAAAUAAAAAUAAAAAAUAAAAAUAAAAAUAAAAAAAAAAUAAAAAAAAAAUAAAAAAAAUAAAAACAAAAAAAUAAAAAA